GCCGCCAUGUCAGGCGGUCUGUCAGUCCGCCAGGCAGCACGAAGCGGUUGUCGUGGAUCGUUCUGCGGGCCUUUUUGGGGUGUUUUUCCUCUCCCCGGAUGGCCAGUGCCCUCAGGCCGUCGCACAGCAGAACACCUGAAGCGACGCGUUGAUCCUGUGAGCCGUUCUGCUGUUACGUUUGUUCUGUGUUCCUCUCAUGUACUUAAUGGCCUCAUUUUUGUUAAGCUGUUUGUGGACUUCGGCUCCCUUUACUCAGCGGUCGUCACAUCACCUUUGUUUUUAUUCCGCCUUAGGCUUCUUAGCACUGUAUGGAGCCAAAAAUACAACCCCACAGUCACUGUGUGAUCACUUCCAGCUGUAAGACAGACACUGCAGAAUCUUUAUUGCAGGCCAGGUGAAUAAUUAAGAUUAACAUUAAGCCUUCCAGCCAGCAGGGCUGCAGAAUCUUUUACCCGUUACCAGAGUUUUCCUACAGGUGAAACAGGUGCCCUUCUGCAGGAAACAAGCAGCAGCCAUUGGCAUUUCACCUCAUGAAGCAAUGAAGGACAGCAAGUAACGUAUUUGGUCUGUUUGAAGUCAUGGAAGAUGAAUUAAAGGAAAAUUAUUCAUUUUGCAGCUGAGCCAAGUUGCCUUCUCCAUGGCACAGCACUGCAAAUCCACUUCGCCUUUCAAAUACCUCAGGAAAUGAGGUGACGUAUCUGCAUUAUUUCCAUUCACACCCAUGUUGUGUUGUUUUUAUCUUGUCUUUCUGUAGACAGUGUUUUGAGCUUUCUAGUUAAUACCAGCUUAUAAAAGAAAACAGCACAGAAAACGAGCAACUUCAUAAAAGAUAUUUGUUUCAUUUUAAAAAAGACUCUCAGAAGAAAGAAAAAAUACUGCAUUCAAACUACCACCUUAAAGCAGCGUAAACGUUCUCGCUUAUAAUAAAAGUAAGAAUUGCUCGACCUAUACUGUCCAAAAAGUUCUUGUACCUUUAAACCACCCAUUAAAAGUUUUGGCUUUUUUUUUUUUUUACUUGCUUCUGAGGCAGCUUUUGAAAUUUCCACCCCUCAGUGGCAGCACGCGGCAUUCCCGUUCUAUGUCACUUGGGACUUAGAUGUACUAGCAUGUAUUUUUUGUGUCAGGGGUUACAGUGUUUGUUUUUAUGACUAAUAAUGUGGACCUUGGGAGCCAGAUAUCUAAGCGCCGUUGAGGAAAUAUCUAAACCUCUGUUAAAGUGUAAUCCCUUUCAAGGCAUGUCUAUGCAGGAGAGUAAAGACAUCGGAAAGCUCUCAACUGCCCAUGCUCCAAACUGCCUUGGAAGCAAGCCAGUUCCAGCAUAGAAGUCCUUUACCUUAACUCUGCGCUUCUACUAAUGGCCCCAGUGACAUUCCUCUGGUGAGUACAGCAUGCAGAAAGCUGUACUUCCUUCAGAGUAGAUGCAAUGUUAUUGCUUAAAGCAUAGCUCACUUUAAAAUACUAAAGUUAAACAAGGGCAGGUUUCAUGCAUACUCAUUCUUGAGAAUAAAGCCAGUGUAAGAUCAGUGUAAGUGAAUUUUGCCCAAAGUAUACUUCAGACAGGUAUCAAGGUUUGCUUCUUUGUACUUGGUGUCUGAGCUUAUUGAUGUUGGAGUUCUUGACAUAUCCUUUGUUCUAUGAAGCUGUAUAAAAGAAGCCAUAAUUGGUUCUUAGACACCAUGAUAUUUAUAAUCAUUUAGAAACCUCAGAGAGAGCAAUCAUUGAGGGUUUUAUAGAUAGUCAUCAUCUUUAUGAAGUGUAGGAUCUAUUUCUGCGUUGUCUGUAGGACCCUGCUGAGAAUCUCCAUUGUCCUGCUCAUCAAAAAGCUGCAAACUCAGCAUGGGCUCUGCUUCUUUCAAGGAUGUGUGCAUACAUCUCUUAGAAAUAAGCAGUUACGGUUGUUUCAUUAGACCUCUAAUAACAUCUCUACUUCAUUUUCCUUCCAAAUAUGUUUACUUCAGGGUUGACACUUAUAAUGUCAUCUCAAAAGAAAGAGGCUCUCCUGACAGAUUUACAGUUAUUACAAAAUAUGAUGCUAUCUGCAUACAAAUGGACAGUAGGAGCUUUAAAGAGAUUUUCCCUAUUAUUGCUGCCUAAGGAAGCAAUAAAAAUUUAACAUUUACCAUUGGGAAACACCUGCAGAGAUUAAAUUAAAACUAGAUUAUAUGCUUAUCAGUUAAAUGUUACAAAAGCAAACUCUUUAGAGAUUAACAUAAAAAACAUUGCUAUACAAAUCUUAUUAACGGCUUCACUCUUAGUACAAUCCAUUCUACACCUCCGCUGCUCAGGCGUUCUACGUGUGCAACUUAUUAAGUCUUUGUGCAGCUAUACAGUGGGGAGGCAGGGCAGCCUUACUGAGGGCUCUGCUAUCCUGCUGGCAAAUGCCUAUGUUGAUAUUUAGGUUUGUCUUUAAAAGUUGACCUCAAGUACCAUCUGUCCAUCUCUUUCUGAUCCUAGCUAAUUUCUGAAGGACUCUUCACAUUACACUCUCUGUUUCUUGAGCAUGGAACUGAGAUGUGUUCUGGGCUCCUGUGUGGAGUUCUGCUGGGAAUAUUUCUGGAAACCACGCAUCUUUGCUAUUGAACUCUUUCUUUGUUAAGGUCAGCAGGACAGAGGACUUUUGAAAGGCUGGAAGCGGAGAACAAGAUACUGUUGUUGCUGAUAGCAGAUAGUCUUUGUGCCACCUUUGGUACGUCGUGAACAUAUUAUAGAAAAUAGAAAUCUAGGAGGCAUAUGGGCUGGUGUUAUCUGUGAUCUGGAAAUUCAGAAGGCUUCUGGAUUUGGUGUUUGCCAACAAUUUGAGAGGUUUAUGAUGUAGGUAAUCUUCAGACACUGACUUGAAGAGGACACUAUUAGCAUAGAUACUACCUGAACCCGAACUGCAUAGAUGGGGCUUAGAGCUUAUUUCUCCAUCUGGUAUUAUUGCAACUCCUGUAGCUCCAAGGCUUUUUGAAGCAACAUGCCUUUGGAGAAUUCUGAACUACAUAUGGGAAUACACAACUCAGCAAUAGCCACGUCUUCAAUUAUUUACACCAAGGCUUAGGCCAUAAGGAGCUUUGAUUGUGAAGAUCUGACUUGAUUUGAUGGAUCUGGAGAGCAUGACGUUGACAGGAGAUUCAGAUUGUUCAUGACGUGAUUGUAAAAUAAAUCUUGUCAUUUCCCAGGGACAAAUGCAAAGGCCAUGGUUCUGUAAACAUUUCUCUUUUGGACAAAUCUGACCUAGGGACCUCGUGGCCAUUUUUUCCAACCACUUCCCAUAUCCUCCAUUGUGUCAGCACAGACCUUAACAUUUAGUUAAGUGAAUUGGGAGCAUGGAAGGAAUCCAACUUAAAACCUAUCAAUUUAGGUUUAUGAAAAUAUGGAAAAUAGAGCACUGAUCUAUGGAGGUGGGGGAUGCUGAGGUUGAAGAGCAUAGCCAAAGAAUGGGGAGCAGAAAUAGCUGGAACUUGCUUUGCAGGGAAGAAAAAAUGUCUGUGCAAGCUUGGCCUAACAUUUUAAGUAAUAAGUGUUUGUUGGCCCAGAUGAUAUUCACUGAAAGAGGCUAGGGAGUGUUCGAACAAGUAUAUCCAGAUCAGAGGGGUGGUAACCUAUUGCAAAGCAAUGCUCACAAGCCCCUGGGCAGACUGAGGGAGGACUCUUCUGUCAACACAGCUGGGUUUGGGAGGAGAUAUGUGUCCACAGACACAACUCCCUGCACUGUCACAGUGUGCACCAAUCUUGCCUCACACCUCGCUCCAAAAUGUAAGGUACUGUGUCUUCCAGCACUACUGUAGUGUGCAGUUUUGCCCUCCCAUGUGCCUGAAGGGGUGAACUGUACCUUAGCAUUUUUAUAACAGACUUUCUUUUGAGGGUAGGUAAUGGAUGUGUUUGGUAACCAGCAGAAGCCAUAGGUACAUCCGAAUACUGGGUGUGAGUGUGUUCUGUCAUUUUACUUGGACGAAUUACAGUAUUUAACUUGGAAUGGCCCACUCAUGUCUUUUGCUUGACUUUCAGGCUCUGAGCUGUGUGAAUUACUGACAUGGGAAUUUAAGAUGUCAUUUAUCAAAAAUCACAUACGUUUUCGUACGUGCAUACCUGUAUCCAAGGUGGGGAAACUACUUAACUGCAGUCUGAAUUUUCCAGUCAGUAUACAAAGUAAUUCACUUCUACUGCCACUAGAGGUAUAACAUUCACUUGAGCAAAUACCAAAGGAAACAUUUGGUUGGAAGCCUUGCCCAUAUUAAUAUUUCAUUUUUCAAAUAAUGCUUUUGAUCUGGAUUUUUUUGUUUUGUUUUGUUUUGGAGGCCUCAUCCUACUUUGCUUUUUCCUGUUGAGAACUCUUUCUUUUACUGAACUAAAGCUAACUAUUUGUGAGAUGGAAGGCCACUUUGUGAUUAGAGGGUGCAGAACUGAGUGCUUAUUUAAGCUGCAUAAAAAGCUAAAUUAGAAUGUCAGUCACCAUAUUGGUCACCUGUGACUGGCUCACAUGCAAGCUUGUACCAGCACAUUUGUAAAUCUUCUUUCACAUUGCUUGUUGUUCUCCUGGGUACUUAUGUUUAUUCUGAAAUGCAAACAUAAAAGAAUAAGAUUUGAAAUUAAUUUCUUUUGUAUCUAUUAUGACCAGCUUUCGUUUAGAUAGAAUCUCCCUUUUGAAACUCAUUAAAACAUCACGAAAGUCCCAUGUCUCUGCCAGGGCUGGCAGGAGGAUUGUGGCCUACCCUGGGAUUUAAUCACAGCUCUGCAGUAUGCGUACUGCUGGAGUGCAGGGCAGGGGAUGGUUCUGAACCGAGCUGUGGGGGUUUCUGUGAGAAAGCAGUGGUUGACUAAAUGAGGACUAACUGCAGCCCUGCUGGUGCACAGCCUCUAACUGUUUGAAGUUGGUAGCCUUUCUUUCAGAGCUUCCGACACACUCAGCAGCAGCCUGCCAGUGCCGUGCUGCAUGCUCACAGGCUGGAAGCAGUGAGUUGCUGGGGGAACUGCCCGCUGUGCCCCUGCACUGCGCAGGCCCCAGCAGCUCUCCUGCUGCAACCUGGCAUUUCCACAUGCUGCAUUGCACCUCCUCCUCACUUUUGCCCGAUGAGCACACUGAUGGCAGCUAAGAAAGAUGAGAGAAUGACAGCUUGAGAGACUUGCCCACCUGACUCCUGGCUCAGCAAUGAGAAAUGGAAGUAUAGGAAGUCCCAUGGUGAAUGCUGGAGGGAGAGAGCUCUCUUAAGAGUGAAGUUUAACAGCUAAGGGAACAGUUACAUAAAAAGGAUGAAUGAGCAACAACAAAAGAGGAAGGCUGGGAUCAUAUAAUCUGAAAACUGGAACCACCAUUUAUGAUUUCCUAUUUAGCUGCCUUAGCUUGUGAUCCUGUGAACGUGCUGGUACCAGAGCCUAGAUGCAAGGAGCCACGGGUCAGCCUUCUGAGUCUUUACUAGCAAACUGCAGCUUUGCAAGAUGGGAAAUAUAUAAGGUGACUGUGAGUGCUUGCCACAUGGUUCAGCUCUGCACUGAGCAACAGGAACUGCCACACUGUUUCCAGGAACAGCCAGUGGGGGAUGCUUAGAGAUGAAGAAAAAGUGCAUAUGCAAAAACAUCUUAGCUUGGUGUAUCCUCCUGGCUUUGUGAGGUCAGUGUGGUAAAGGCUCUGGGAAAACCCAGAAGUUUCAUCUUACCUACUGUAUUUAUUUGCUGUUGAUCACACUGUCCACGAAUUUGUGUAAUGUCGUUUAAAAUCCAUUUUCAGUCUCCACAAUCUCUUGAAGCAAUGACUGCCACUCUGUAAUGGUGGACUGUAUGAAAGAGUACUUUCUUUUGGGUGUGUUUGUUUUAAACCUGCUGCAUAAUGAUUUUGUUGGAUGCUCCCUUUUGUUGGAUGCUUUUAUACUAGAAGAGAAAGCAAACAAUUAUUCUGCAUCUCCCUUCUCCAUUCAGGAUUUUAUAGACUGCUAUCACUUCUCUCUGCAGUCAUCUUUUUUUUAUUUCCAACCUGAAGAGCUCUUGCCUAUUUAAUUUCUUCUUGUAGUGAAGCUGCUCUGUACCUCAAAAAGAUAAACAUGGGCUUCUCAUUACUGCUCUCUUUCUUCUUUCUCUCAGGUAGAAGUGCUGAGGAAACCUUAUACGGGAAUACCAUAGUUCAAAGAUUAUUUGGUGCCUCUUUGUGCCAAAAUAAUUAGCCUUCAGCUCCUAGAAGUUGCCAAAAGUUUCCAAAGGGAAAACUCUGUUGUUGUAAACCUCCAGUUUGAGAUUGCAUUCAUAUCCUAAAGUAGAUAAGAGCACACGGCGAGUAAACAGGAGAAACGUCUGGAUUUGAAGUCCUCCUUUGCUGCCAACAAACCUUCAAGCUUAAUACACAGAAUUUGAGUGCAAGGAAGUGACAAAAUUGGGACCUGAGAGAUCAGGAAGUUCAGUAAUUCAGGCUGUACUGAGCAACGUCAGCAGAGCUAAACAGGAACAGAGAGCAGAGUGUGUGGGUUGUUGGGGUUUUUUGUUUUGUUUUGUUUUGUUUUUUGUGGUUUUUUCCCCCACCUCAUUUAGUCCAGAGUAAGUGCUGCAUCUUCUGGCAUGGGUAAAUCUUAAGAGACAGAGAAGUAGGCAAAAAAUUAAAUAAAAAGUUGCUGUCUUCUCUGUGUUCCCAUCUGGCAUAAAUAUGCAGUUUCAGAGAGGCAAAUGCAGGUGUCUUCAGCCUCAUGGGAAAGCAUCUGCUGGAACACCUUGCUGUCCUUUCAUUCUGGCAGAUUUGCAGUUUUCCACCUUGUGCCUUUUUAUUUAUUUAUUUAUUUAUUUAUUUUGCCCCACUGCAUCAGAUUCAAGCUAUUCAAAACUCUGCGCGCCUUUGCUGCCAUGUCUCAGUUCUCUGAAUUUCCUGUGUGGUCUGUCCUGCUGGCAGUUCUACUGCACCUCACUGUCUGCUCCUGCCAUCUCCUUUUAUCAUGGAGCUGGUCUUACAAGACAAAGGUUUUAUCUCUGAUUAUGCUUGUACUGGAAGUUGUUCCAAACACCACCUACCAGAUACCCAAGGAGUUGAGCCUUUCCUUCCUCGUCCUUGUUAUCUAAAAUAAAAAUCAUUAUUGAAGAAUUGAACCUCUGUUUUGUUCUCGUGUGCACUUGCUUUUUGCUGAGUUUCCUUCUAACACCAACAGUGCUUCUUGGGCCUUUCUCUCCUGUCCCGCCUUGUUGUUUUGUUACCACCCACUCAUUAGAUCAUGUCUGAAAUUAGCUUGAGAGAACUACAGGGCAGGGUUGAUUUCUUGUCUUUUUACUGAGGGCUUGGCACAGUUUUGAGUGGCUUUCAGACUGGGGGCAGGGUGAGGAGUGACAGCAACAAAAUAAGUCAUUGUGCAGGUUGGGGAAACCAAGGCAGGAAGGCCAGGUAGCUACAGAAGAUGCUGGUUGAAGGUCUGUAUCAGGAACAGUAAGAGCUUAUGUAGCACUAAAGCCUGUGCUUUGUGUAGAUAAUCCUCUCCGCUUCUUUAACCAUCUUCGGUGAAAAAUAGUCAUUAGGAUAAAAUUCUGAACUCUUCUGGGGAAAAAAAAAUAACAUUUUGUAAAAGUCUUUUAUUUUACCAUAAGCAUUUUCAUUACACGGUGUUUUCUGUAAUAGCUUUGGGGAUGAGGGGGGCGUUGGUAUUGUAGUUUUGUUUUCCUGGCAACUAAAUAAUGAUAAAUGUAUUGAUGCCAUUAAACAAUUCAAUUUCAGCAAGGUGAUAAUGAUGAUCUAUUAAAGUGAUGUUUUUUCUGAGAUGCUACCUCGUGCCCCAACUCCAUGCUGGCUGGGGAUAGUGGGUGUUCCCCCACGGACUGAAAUGAUGCUGAGUGCUGAAGAGUGACUCACAGACCGAAACCAGAGUCAUGGGGUAUGUACAGGACUUGGGGCUCCCUGAGACUUGCAGUAGGGCCUGGUGUGCUUUGGAUCAGGUGCAGGCAGGAUGUGGAAUGCACCAUCAGGUUAGGUAAACUUUCUCUGUUGGAGAUGCUUUUGAAAGCUGUAAGGGGUAGCUUCUCUUGCAGGCAAGACAUGCACAUAGGAUAUAGUAGAAAGUCAUAACUGUGUCCAGGAAUGAAACAGGUGUGGCUUUACCUUUAUGGUGAAAUCUCUCAGUUCAGAGUAGAUCCCCAGCCUACGUGAGCAUUCUUUGCCUGUCUUAUAUUUUGCCUCGUAGAAUAUAAUAAAAAACAAAUCUUGCUACUUUGCACAUUCGUUUAGUUCAUAUUGCUGCUUUCCAAAUGGGUACUACUCCAGAUUUAUUUAUUUAUUUAAUAUAAUGCCUUUCAUCCAAAGAUCCCAAGCUGAUUUGGCCCAGUUCCCAGGUACAGCUUAGCAACACUCAGCAUAAGACCAGUAAAAGGAAGUAUCAGGGAAUUUCACACAGUUCUUGGCUGGCUGUCAAUUCAAAUGCACCUACAGGUCAGAGCAUCCCCAGGGCUCCUCCAGCCUCUGAGCCCCUGCUUGCUGUGGCUGUGACUGCCUGGUACACACGGCUCCCGCCUCAGGCUACCAGAAAUCCUUCUCCUGUUCUUUCCUCUGUUGUCUCCCAGCAUGCAUAAGAGAUGAUAAUCUUUGUUGGGAAAACUCAGUGAGAUUUGCAGGGUCUUAAUCUGAUGCUAUUUGCAGUUUGAUCACAAAGAUGCACGGAGCUGAAGCACGCAUUUUUGGUUUUGUAUCUCUCUGCAGAUGCAUAGAUAUGUGCAGUAUUCUGAUUUCUUUUUCUCAUCUUCACAUUUACAGUAACUCAUUUCUCCAGCUUGCUGCGCUCACUGUUUCAGUUUCUUUUCCAGUAGUCAGAAUGGUUUUUGUUUGUUGUUGCUUUCUGUUAUUGCUUCAAACUUUCUGAAUGUUGUUUCUUCUCUGGAGGGAUUCUUGGGCAUUGAAAUCAGCUCUCAUAUGGAGAGCCUUGCCUGUCUGGAAAUUUGUUACUGCAUGUUUUGCUGUUCAGAGCGUCUCCUCGGAGACAUUUUGUCAGAGUUUUGCUUAUCUACCACUAUUGCAAAAUGAUCCACCAUCUUAUGCAAUCAAUCACUUCCUUAUAGCCUUCUCAUUGGUCUUUAAAGCAAAAUAGAAAUUAAACUGUACCUGCUGUUAUGCAGGUAGUGGUGAUCUGUCUUUUACCUUUGGACCACAGGCAGUACCAGCUGCGCUCACAUGAAAACCUUGCAGAGGCACAUGGGAGCCCUCUGGACCAUGACAUUGGUGAAAGCAGCUGGCAGCCCUGUGAGGGCCUGAGGGUGGUUGUGCUUUCUUGUCUGAAAGAGCCAAGGACAGGACAGUUCAGUCUGUUUAGUGGAGCUGUGUUUGUGCACUAUUGCUGCCCUGCUGGCAGCAGCUUUCUAGGAAUGGCUGUGUGACAAGGAAUGGCUGGAGGUUCACAUCUCUCCUUAGUGUGCUUGCAACUGAACUGAGAUGCAUGCUUGCCCACCUUCCUGGCCUCUGUAAUGUACAGCAAAGGCUUAAACUGUGGGUUUGGGGUGAGAGAGAGAGAGAGAGAGAGAGGAAACAAUGCUGGCUGGACUCUUCCCCUUCACUAAAAGGCGUCUUUUACUGCAUGGAAGAGAUGACAUGACUUAAUGAAACUCUCAGAUGUUCCUUGAAUUAUUUUCCUGAGCAUAGAGCUUUCUCUUUUUGUGGUUAAAUAUGACAGUUAUAGUGCUGUGUUUAUGCACAGUCAAUAAAUCAGCAGAAAACGGGCUGCAGACAGGGCAUGUAUCUGUUGUCUAUUUCUCAUACUUCAGCUGAAAAUGGAAUUUUUGAAUUCACUGAAGCCUGUGAAAAGAAAUCCAAGUGCCAUGGGAGGUUCACACAAAGUCUGAAGGCUCACAGCAAUAUGGGAUUUGUACCUCAGCUUCAGUUGCUGUCCUCUCCCUGCAAACCCACGCUCUUCAAACCUUGUAGAAAGUUGACUGACUUUCAAACUCUGACUUGCCUUUGGUGGAAAGAUAACAGAAAGGAGAAUGGAGCAAGUGAAGGGAGCAGAAGUCUUUAAGGGCUGAGUUACUGUUUGUGGAAGCAUGCAUUGUACUUACAACAUCAGAAAGGAAAAAACAGUGCUAGUGAGCAAUAUCCUGGAACAUACUCAUCUACUUCUUGUUGUAUUUGUUUGUUUGUUUUUCUUUCUUUCCAGAAGGGGCUGUGUGACACAUUGGCAGAAGAAGCCUGUCCCCUUCCAUUGUCUGGCUCAAGAAUGGGUAACUGCUGAGGGGUGAGAGUCUUUAGCCCCGAUAUAGCACAAAAUAUCAAAGGUCUCGAAUUUGCUCAGCUUCUGCCAUCUCAGAUACAAUUCUCUAUAUUCUCACUCUGCCAUAUAGUUACCAGAGCUUUGGAAGGAUGAAGUUAUUAUUUAGCACAGGUUUUUAUUAUUAAUCUUACUAGAGAUUGACUGCACACAAAUUCAUAUUGAAAUCAAACGUCGUAUUUCUGAAAGGGACAAUAUAGAUUUAUGGCUGGCUAAGUGCUGAACACUUCUAAAAUCUCACUGCAAUACUGAAACUUCUGUCUAACGUGCUACUGCAUGAAUCCCUUAGCCCUGUGGCAGCUCCUUUUCUGGAUAAUGGGGAUUAUACUUCCCAAUUGGCUGCAUGGAUUCAUUAUUGUUUUUACAGUUAUUGAACAGUUACCAUUUUUGCUCUGGCUUGAAGCUUUUUAAAUAAGUCAUCAGGGCAGCUGUAUUACAAGACCAAGACAGGGAGCUGCAGAAGUGGAAGGAGGUUUGAAGGAACUGGAUUUUAAAUGGGUAUUUUCUAACUAAGGUAUCAAGCACGUCUCAAAUUCAUAUGGCUAAUUGGUGCCAAAGCUGAUGUUGGUUGGUGUCCCAAGGAACAGGGCUAGAGUCUCACAGGUGCGUUGCUUUUUCAGAUAAGAAAGCAGCUAGGGGAGAAAACAAAGGAACAGAUGAAGCAAUACAGAAGUGUUGAGAAGAAUGGAACAUUGUUAGAGCUAAAACCCUGUUAGAUGCCACAGCUUAGAUGUUAUGCUGUGUUAGGACAAGGAACAGAAAAAGAGUAACUUAUUGGUGCAGCAGGAAAAUAUGCAAUUGAUCUGUUGGAUCAUUCUUACAAAAUAAUGCUUCCUUCUGUUUGACAGUAUCUACAUAGGAGUGAUUUCAAAAUAUUUAAUUGUAGGAGAGCUUAAUCUGCAGUAGCUGUUCUGAUUAAUUUCCCCUUAGAGACAAUUUCUUUAACGAUCAGAGCUAAAGGAAUUAAAAUGAGUGUAAUUUCAAUAGAAAAUUAAGAAUACUUUGAACUUUAUAGAUGUAACAAAAGUCUGUCACCAUAGCUGCCAAGCAGUCAGCACUGAAAAACACAAAUUCCGUAGAGUGGUAGUAGUAAAGAACUACUCUCUAUUACUGCAUUCAUGCACAUUAGCAACUGUGGUGCCCAUUAUUUUCAGUAAUAAUAAUUAAAAAAAAAAAAAGCCUCAUUAAACUAAAUAAGUGACGUGUACAGUGCCCAGGAAAUCGCUGGCCUGUAGCUCUUGUGGUGUCCAGCAGGAGCAAGCUCCAAAAGCCAGAAUCCUCAAGAGAGGCAGAGUAUGUGAACCUUGCCUGCUGCUGCCCUUACAAAGGUCAUCCUCCUCUGAAACUGGAAGCAGAAUGUUUUGUCUUGACCUUUAAAUAUUACGUUUGAAUGUGAGAGAACUGGCUUUCAAGUUUCAGGCAGUCUGGAUUUAAAACAAACAAACAAACAAAAAACAACAACAACAACAUGAAAAUGUGAGGGUAUGAACUUGUAACUGUUUAGCAUUUGACGCAGCCUGGCUCGAGGACACUGUAGGACGUGAGGCCCCUGGAUUGCCAGUUCGAAUUGGCUGAGAUCAGCUGGAAUCAAAAGUUAGGCUCUGACUUCAUCUGGUUGAUGUGAGAGAAAUGCAUAGGUGGCCUCAUCAAGUUCUCAGUGCGGGAACCUAGCGGCAUUAGCUGGCAUCUCCUACCAAUAGUUUACUUUCCAUUCAGGCCUUAGCAAAUCUAUUCCUAUCUAGGAGCUGUCUUUCCAGACUGACACGCAGCAGGACAAAAAAAAUAUGGUAUCAGUAUUUUUGCCUUAUCUGUAGAGAUUCAAAUCCUGUUCCUGCAGUCUGGCUCCAUUGAUAUGCACUAAUACUUACAUAAAAUUAUUUGCCUGUUUAUCCCUCCUGGCAUUUCUGCUAUGAUUGCUAACAUUCAGAAACUUUAAACACAGCUGCAGUCACAGAUAUGUAACUUACAGACAGGGCCUAGAUAAUGGAAUGGAGAGGCUCCAAGUCUGACAGUGCUUGUUUUCAAAAUAAGCUGCUUCUCAACUAUUAAUUAAUCCACUUACAGCACACUACAAUUAAAUACUUUGAUAAUGGGAUGUGAAAAAUAUUUGCAGAAGCUUUUAAAACAAACCCCCACGAACCUCUUUCUGCAAACGCUGUGGAGAUUUGGCACUGGCCUCUAUUGUGGUUGUGUCUGCGACCACAAGGAACAAGCACAUCCCUGAACUACCUGCACCUACAUCUGAUUAUAUUUGGAUCAACACGGGUAAUGACAUCUUUACCAACCUUUGCAUUUUGUAAUGCUCUGUAAUGGGGAUUGUAGCGCUCACCUGUGGUGUUGUGAAAUAACUAUUGCCCAAGGAACUGAGAAACAGAGUGAGAACUGUGCCUCUGCUUAUUAUUUGAGUGAAGAGCAAGAAAAAAGAUGCAGAGCGAGCCUUUGAAUGUAGAAGCACUGGAAAAUAUUAUUAGCUACUUAAUUAUUGCUAACUAAGAUUCAUGUUGACAGCGCUGCUUUUGUGUUUCUUGGAUCCAAUCCUGGAAGCAAACGGGCGACUGCAAGCAGACACAGCACUGAAUGCUGCCCAGGUCCCACCGCACCGAUCCGGUGCCCAUUGGUGGCACUGGGGCUGUGACUGAGCAGCCUGCUGUGAACCGAGGCCUGAGCUCUGUGCUGCAGCACACCGUGGGCCCUCCCCUGUCAGGCUGGUGGUUUUGAAUCCCCCCCGCCUGGGAGGGGAGCCGUGUGUGGUGUGGUCGGUUUGGCUCUGGCUCACCGUGCCCUCAGCUGGGUGCCCCAUCGGCACAUGGUGGGCUGUGAGAGCCCCACGUCCCGCCCUGCUUUGGAACUCCGGAAGACAACUGUUGCCUGAGCAGAAACCAGCGCACGGAAGGGCGGAGGAUUUAGUGCUUAAGUGAAACAUCCAGCGACCGAGAGCACAGCGGUUAUGUCACAGGUGAUUAGCCCCAUUGCUCCGCUCCGUGCUCCACGCCUGCUCGUAGCUCUGCUCAGGCCGUCGAGGGUAGGCCGCGGCGGGCAGGUGUGGGGCGACGGCGGCUCGGCGCGGCUCGGCACGGCUCGGCCUGGCCCGGCCCGGGGGAGCGAUGGGAGCGGGCCGCGAGGCCGGAGCCGAGAGCGGGCCGUGAGGCGCCGAGCCGCUGCCCGGAGCUCCCCCCGCCGCCGGGCCGGGAGGGGCAGCCCCUGGGGCGAGGGGCGGGGAACCCCGCAGAGGGGCGGGGUGGACUGACAGGUGUGCGCGCGCGCAGGGCUCCUCUGGCGCCUCCCUCCUCACCCCGCCUCCCUCCUCAUGAAUAUGCAAAUAUGGGUAUAAUUCGCAGCCAAUGGCGUGCGCGCUGGUCACAUGGUGCUGGUGGAAGCUCAGGGAAGAGAAGUUGAGUCUCGGCGAACACAGCAGCUCAGUAACGCGCCGCAGCCGGACCGAGCGGAGCCGGGGCGGGCGGGCGGACAGGCGGCGGCCGGGGGCGGUGAGCCGCUGCCCCCUCCCACCUCCCCACAGGGUGCCCGGCGGGCCGGCGCUCUGCCUGGACCAUGCCGAUCCUCCUCUUCCUCAUAGACACGUCCGCCUCCAUGAACCAGCGGGCGUAUCUAGGCACCAGCUACCUGGACAUCGCCAAGGGCGCCGUGGAGAUCUUCAUGAAGCUGCGGGCCCGGGACCCGGCCAGCCGCGGCGACAGGUACAUGCUGGUUACCUUCGACGAGCCGCCCUACUGCAUCAAGGCUGGAUGGAAGGAAAAUCAUGCAACGUUUAUGAAUGAACUGAAAAAUCUGCAGGCGUCAGGACUAACAACCCUUGGUCAGGCACUCAGAUCAUCUUUUGACUUGUUAAAUCUCAAUAGAUUAGUGUCUGGAAUAGACAACUAUGGACAGGGAAGGAAUCCAUUCUUUCUUGAGCCAUCUAUUUUGAUUACCAUCACAGAUGGAAACAAACUGACGAAUACAGCUGGAGUUCAAGAGGAGCUUCAUCUUCCUUUGAAUUCUCCUUUGCCUGGAAGUGAACUAACCAAAGAACCAUUUCGUUGGGAUCAAAGACUGUUUGCUCUAGUGCUGCGUUUGCCAGGAGCUGCAUCUGUUGAACCAGAGCAGCUUGGGAGUGUGCCUACUGAUGAAUCUGCUAUCACACAGAUGUGCGAAGUUACAGGAGGUCGUUCUUACUGUGUUCGGACACAAAGAAUGUUGAAUCAGUGUUUAGAAUCUCUAGUUCAAAAAGUCCAAAGUGGAGUUGUUAUUAACUUUGAAAAGUCAGGACCAGAUCCAGCCCCUAUUGGAGAAGAUGGACUUGUUGAUUCAUCCAGGCCCAUCAAUUCAUUUGCUUCUCAACCGUGGCAUAGUUGUCAUAAACUCAUUUAUGUACGGCCUAACCCCAAAACUGGUGUUCCUGUUGGGCAUUGGCCAAUCCCAGAAUCUUUUUGGCCUGAUCAGAAUUCACCAACACUGCCUCCACGCACGGCUCACCCUGUUGUGAGGUUCUCCUGUGUUGAUUGUGAGCCAAUGGUAAUAGACAAGCUUCCUUUUGACAAGUAUGAGCUUGAACCUUCACCCUUAACGCAAUACAUCUUGGAACGAAAGUCUCCCCAUACCUGCUGGCAGGUAUUUGUGAGCGGCAGUGGAAAAUACAGUGAGCUUGGCCAUCCGUUUGGGUAUUUAAAAGCAAGCACUACUUUAACCUGUGUAAACCUCUUUGUGAUGCCUUACAACUACCCUGUUUUGCUUCCAUUGUUAGAUGACUUGUUUAAGGUUCACAAACUUAAGCCAAAUCUGAAGUGGAGACAGGCUUUUGACAACUACUUAAAAACAAUGCCUCCUUACUACAUACUGCCAUUAAAGAAAGCCCUAAGGAUGAUGGGAGCUCCAAAUCUGAUAUCAGAUAAUUUAGAUUGUGGACUUAGUUACAGUGUUAUCUCUUACCUUAAAAAACUCAGCCAACAGACAAAAAUAGAGUCGGAACGGAUUAUAGGUUCAGUGGGUAAGAAAGUUCCACAAGAAAUUGGAAUAAAGGUGAAAAAUCAUUCCAGUGGCCUCUCCUUGGUACACAGUAGGGAUUUUAAGCAACUGCUUCAAGGUAUCACUGGGGAAUCUCCACUGAGACUGGCGGAAAUGAAUGUUAAAGAAUUUGCUGGCUUCCACAUAGGACUCUUAAACAAGGAUUUGAAGCCACAGGCAUUCAGGAAUGCAUAUGAUAUCCCUCGUCGCAGUCUUCUAGAUCAGCUAACUAGGAUGAGAACCAAUCUUCUGAAAACACACAGACACAUCGUGGGGCAGGAUGAAGACUGCCUUCACAGUGUUCCUGUUGCUCAAAUGGGAAAUUACCAGGAAUACUUGAAAAUGAUGCCUUCACCCCUUCGGGAGAUUGAUCCGGAUCAACCAAAAAGGCUUCAUACAUUUGGCAAUCCAUUCAAACAGGAUAAGAAGGGUAUGAUGAUAGAUGAAGCAGAUGAAUUUGUUGCUGGGCCUCAGAAUAAGAUUAAGCGUCCUGGAGAGCCAAAUACUCCAGCAUCUCUGAAGAGGAGGCGUAGCAUGUCACCACUGCUGAGAAGGCCACAGUCACCACCAGUUGUAACAAAUCAUGUUGGUGGGAAAGGGCCGCCAUGUGCUUCUGGAUCCCCAGCACAUAUGAACCUCAAAGGUGUACCAACAAAUAAAGACACCACUAACAAUAUUGUCCAAGAUGGUAAUGGAGAGAAGAAAGCAGAAAAUUGUCAGUUGCUGGAAAAACAAAUUGAUGGCAUAUCUGUACAAAUGGCUCCUUCUGUUCCAGCUGCUAUGGGAGAUGAUGAAAUGCUACCCAAUGACUUGGACUCUCUACCUGAUGAGUUCAACUGUUUAAGUGAAGAUGGCUUGGAUCACAAACCGGGUACCAAUGCACUUGUUCAAGGGCCUCUAAAUUACAGUGUGGCUGGAGAUGACCAAAAACGAGUGAUGGAGUCAACUUCAGAAUCUGUGCCAAAUUCCUUUAAAAUAACACCUAUGAUGUUGGAGGGAAACAAUGCUGAUAUCAAAAUUAAAGUGAUGAAAGAGGUUCGCAAACCUGGAAGAAAUUAUGAAAAAAUCUUCUCUCUUCUUGAGGAGGUACAAGGACCUAUGGAAAUGCAGAAGUAUUUCAUUGAAUUUGCUAUCAAGGAAGCAGCAAGGUUUAAAAAACGUGUCUUAAUACAACACUUAGAGAGAAUACUAGAGGAACUAGAGUUCAACAGCCUACCCAACAGAGUUAAUCAUGUCAACAGUAGAUAAUAGUUUACCAGCCAGACGAAUACGGACCAGGAAUGAGUUUGCUGUGCCGCAGAAGAGUGGAAGAGAAUGCAGCUGUUGCCGUCACCAUCUUGGCAGUCAACUGAUUUUACUGUCAGAGUCUGAGAAGAAGCAGUGGAGCUUUAACUUUACGAACCUCUAUCGGCAGAAGCUGGGCUAUAACCUUAAGGAUUUGCUAUGAAAGGUGUGGCUUUUUUCCUGUGGAGGGUGCUAUUUGCUCAACAGGCUGAAGAAAAUAACCAUUGCUGCCCCUCCUGCAGGUGAUGAGAAUUUACUCAUUUGAACACUGUCAUUAGACAUUUUACGUGCUAUAGGCAGCAGGUUGCACUAAAUGGGGCACUGUCAAAUGCACACACUGUCUGCAUCGUGGAGAGAUCCCAUGUGUUCCCCAAAAAAAACCCUCCCAGAAACACCUGCACUGGUAAUAUUGCAUGUUGCCACCACAGAGACAAGGGUCUUGUUCCUGAGAACUACUAGCCAUGCCUUUAAACUUGAGAUUCAGUGUAGAUUGAGAGUAAAGAAACUGCUAUUGUGUUAAUGAAAGCUAAAGACAGCCCUGUGACUGUUACCACCUGAUGGUCACUAAACAAUCUACCUCAGACUCUCUUCUGUUUUGUCUGCAGACAUUAUGAAAGUGCACCUGAGGCUUCCCAGGUCCCCGACUUCAGUUCUCUUUCAUCCUGUGAGGAGGACGGAGAUUCUUCAGGUGGCCUUGGCACACGCUGUGCUUUGGAAGCACUAAAAGGAAACGCUUUUAAAAACGUGUAUUUUAAUGUUCAUACAAAAGAGAUUAUUUUGAACAGUAUUGUUACCAGAUCACUAAUUUGAUAUUUUAACUGUAUAAAUUUUUUUGGAACAUAAUGUAUAUAUAAAAUAAACCAUUUUAUUAAUUUUUAA